GUGUACACAGCACUCUGAACCGCCCAGCAAGGACACACAUUGCAAGGACACACAGUUCAGUACAGGCAGCACCACGUUGACAAGAUGCAACUGUUCGUUAUCUGCCUGCUGGUGGCCACCACGGCCGCGUUCACGAUGUUUGGCCCCCACAUCCGCAUCGUGCCGGGCCAGAAACCCAAUGAGAUAGUCCUGCACUUUCGCAAUCCGUGCAACAACAAAACCAGCACCACCACCCUAAAGCCGCCACCACCUCCUUGUCCUGCUCAUCCCACCACGCCCGCCUGUGAGCACCGCAUUACCAGUCCAGCACCGACGAAGCCGCAAUGUCCACAUGCCACCACUACUCCGCACAAUUGUGGUCAGGACACAACGAGCUCAAGGGCCACCACUCCAAGGCCCACACUAGAAACAACAAUCGGGACAACGUUAAAGACAACUCAGACACCAACACGAGGACCAACCACUCUGAAGCCAACAAAAGGCACGACGGCCAAGCCGACAACUUUGAAGCCAACUGAGGGAACGAGUGCCAAGCCGACAACUUUAAAACCAACCGAAGGAACGAGUGCCAAGCCUACAACUCUGAAACCAACUGAAGGAACGUCUGCUAAGCCCACAACUCUGAAACCAACCGAAGGAACGAGUGCCAAGCCAACCGAAGCCACUAGUGCCAAGCCUACAACUCUGAAACCAACUGAGGGUACAAGUGCCAAGCCUACAACUCUGAAACCAACCGAAGGAACGAGUGCCAAGCCAACCGAAGCCACUAGUGUCAAGCCUACAACUCUGAAACCAACUGAAGGAACGUCUGCUAAGCCCACAACUCUGAAACCAACCGAAGGAACGAGUGCCAAGCCAACCGAAGCUACGAGUGCCAAGCCUACAACUCUGAAACCAACUGAGGGUACAAGUGCCAAGCCUACAACUCUGAAACCAACUGAAGGAACGUCUGCUAAGCCCACAACUCUGAAACCAACCGAAGGAACGAGUGUCAAGCCAACCGAAGCUACGAGUGCCAAGCCUACAACUCUGAAACCAACUGAGGGUACAAGUGCCAAGCCUACAACUCUGAAACCAACCGAAGGAACGAGUGCCAAGCCAACCGAAGCCACUAGUGCCAGGCCUACAACUCUGAAACCAACUGAAGGAACGUCUGCUAAGCCCACAACUCUGAAACCAACCGAAGGAACGAGUGCCAAGCCAACCGAAGCUACGAGUGCCAAGCCUACAACUCUGAAACCAACUGAGGGUACAAGUGCCAAGCCUACAACUCUGAAACCAACCGAAGGAACGAGUGCCAAGCCAACCGAAGCCACUAGUGCCAGGCCUACAACUCUGAAACCAACUGAAGGAACGUCUGCUAAGCCCACAACUCUCAAACCAACCGAAGGAACAAGUGCCAAGCCGACAACUUUGAAACCAACCGAAGGAACGAGUGCCAAGCCUACAACUCUGAAACCAACUGAAGGAACGUCUGCUAAGCCCACAACUCUCAAACCAACCGAAGGAACAAGUGCCAAGCCGACAACUUUGAAACCAACCGAAGGAACGAGUGCCAAGCCAACCGAAGCCACUAGUGCCAAGCCUACAACUCUGAAACCAACUGAAGGUACGUCUGCUAAGCCCACAAGUCUGAAACCAACCGAAGGAACGAGUGUCAAGCCAACCGAAGCUACGAGUGCCAAGCCUACAACUCUGAAACCAACUGAGGGUACAAGUGCCAAGCCUACAACUCUGAAACCAACCGAAGGAACGAGUGCCAAGCCAACCGAAGCCACUAGUGUCAAGCCUACAACUCUGAAACCAACUGAAGGAACGUCUGCUAAGCCCACAACUCUGAAACCAACCGAAGGAACGAGUGCCAAGCCAACCGAAGCUACGAGUGCCAAGCCUACAACUCUGAAACCAACUGAGGGUACAAGUGCCAAGCCUACAACUCUGAAACCAACUGAAGGAACGUCUGCUAAGCCCACAACUCUGAAACCAACCGAAGGAACGAGUGUCAAGCCAACCGAAGCUACGAGUGCCAAGCCUACAACUCUGAAACCAACUGAGGGUACAAGUGCCAAGCCUACAACUCUGAAACCAACCGAAGGAACGACUACGAGUGCCAAGCCUACAACUCUGAAACCAACUGAGGGUACAAGUGCCAAGCCUACAACUCUGAAACCAACUGAAGGAACGUCUGCUAAGCCCACAACUCUGAAACCAACCGAAGGAACGAGUGUCAAGCCAACCGAAGCUACGAGUGCCAAGCCUACAACUCUGAAACCAACUGAGGGUACAAGUGCCAAGCCUACAACUCUGAAACCAACCGAAGGAACGAGUGCCAAGCCAACCGAAGCCACUAGUGCCAGGCCUACAACUCUGAAACCAACUGAAGGAACGUCUGCUAAGCCCACAACUCUCAAACCAACCGAAGGAACAAGUGCCAAGCCGACAACUUUGAAACCAACCGAAGGAACGAGUGCCAAGCCUACAACUCUGAAACCAACUGAAGGAACGUCUGCUAAGCCCACAACUCUGAAACCAACCGAAGGAACGAGUGCCAAGCCAACCGAAGCUACGAGUGCCAAGCCUACAACUCUGAAACCAACUGAGGGUACAAGUGCCAAGCCUACAACUCUGAAACCAACUGAAGGAACGUCUGCUAAGCCCACAACUCUGAAACCAACCGAAGGAACGAGUGUCAAGCCAACCGAAGCUACGAGUGCCAAGCCUACAACUCUGAAACCAACUGAGGGUACAAGUGCCAAGCCUACAACUCUGAAACCAACCGAAGGAACGAGUGCCAAGCCAACCGAAGCCACUAGUGCCAGGCCUACAACUCUGAAACCAACUGAAGGAACGUCUGCUAAGCCCACAACUCUGAAACCAACCGAAGGAACGAGUGCCAAGCCAACCGAAGCUACGAGUGCCAAGCCUACAACUCUGAAACCAACUGAGGGUACAAGUGCCAAGCCUACAACUCUGAAACCAACCGAAGGAACGAGUGCCAAGCCAACCGAAGCCACUAGUGCCAGGCCUACAACUCUGAAACCAACUGAAGGAACGUCUGCUAAGCCCACAACUCUCAAACCAACCGAAGGAACAAGUGCCAAGCCGACAACUUUGAAACCAACCGAAGGAACGAGUGCCAAGCCUACAACUCUGAAACCAACUGAAGGAACGUCUGCUAAGCCCACAACUCUGAAACCAACCGAAGGAACGAGUGCCAAGCCAACCGAAGCUACGAGUGCCAAGCCUACAACUCUGAAACCAACUGAGGGUACAAGUGCCAAGCCUACAACUCUGAAACCAACCGAAGGAACGAGUGCCAAGCCAACCGAAGCCACUAGUGCCAAGCCUACAACUCUGAAACCAACUGAAGGAACGUCUGCUAAGCCCACAACUCUGAAACCAACCGAAGGAACAAGUGCCAAGCCGACAACUCUGAAACCAACCGAAGGAACGAGUGCCAAGCCAACCGAAGCCACUAGUGCCAAGCCUACAACUCUGAAACCAACUGAAGGAACGUCUGCUAAGCCCACAACUCUGAAACCAACCGAAGGAACGAGUGCCAAGCCAACCGAAGCCACUAGUGCCAAGCCUACAACUCUGAAACCAACUGAGGGUACAAGUGCCAAGCCUACAACUCUGAAACCAACCGAAGGAACGAGUGCCAAGCCAACCGAAGCUACGAGUGCCAAGCCUACAACUCUGAAACCAACUGAGGGUACAAGUGCCAAGCCUACAACUCUGAAACCAACCGAAGGAACGAGUGCCAAGCCAACCGAAGCCACUAGUGCCAAGCCUACAACUCUGAAACCAACUGAAGGAACGUCUGCUAAGCCCACAACUCUGAAACCAACCGAAGGAACAAGUGCCAAGCCGACAACUCUGAAACCAACCGAAGGAACGAGUGCCAAGCCAACCGAAGCCACUAGUGCCAAGCCUACAACUCUGAAACCAACUGAAGGAACGUCUGCUAAGCCCACAACUCUGAAACCAACCGAAGGAACGAGUGCCAAGCCAACCGAAGCCACUAGUGCCAAGCCUACAACUCUGAAACCAACUGAAGGAACGUCUGCUAAGCCCACAACUCUGAAACCAACCGAAGGAACGAGUGCCAAGCCAACCGAAGCUACGAGUGCCAAGCCUACAACUCUGAAACCAACUGAGGGUACAAGUGCCAAGCCUACAACUCUGAAACCAACUGAAGGAACGUCUGCUAAGCCCACAACUCUGAAACCAACCGAAGGAACAAGUGCCAAGCCGACAACUCUGAAACCAACCGAAGGAACGAGUGCCAAGCCAACCGAAGCCACUAGUGCCAAGCCUACAACUCUGAAACCAACUGAAGGAACGUCUGCUAAGCCCACAACUCUGAAAUCAACCGAAGGAACGAGUGCCAAGCCAACCGAAGCCACUAGUGCCAAGCCUACAACUCUGAAACCAACUGAAGGAACGUCUGCUAAGCCCACAACUCUGAAACCAACCGAAGGAACGAGUGCCAAGCCAACCGAAGCUACGAGUGCCAAGCCUACAACUCUGAAACCAACUGAGGGUACAAGUGCCAAGCCUACAACUCUGAAACCAACUGAAGGAACGUCUGCUAAGCCCACAACUCUGAAACCAACCGAAGGAACGAGUGUCAAGCCAACCGAAGCUACGAGUGCCAAGCCUACAACUCUGAAACCAACUGAGGGUACAAGUGCCAAGCCUACAACUCUGAAACCAACCGAAGGAACGAGUGCCAAGCCAACCGAAGCCACUAGUGCCAGGCCUACAACUCUGAAACCAACUGAAGGAACGUCUGCUAAGCCCACAACUCUGAAACCAACCGAAGGAACGAGUGCCAAGCCAACCGAAGCUACGAGUGCCAAGCCUACAACUCUGAAACCAACUGAGGGUACAAGUGCCAAGCCUAUAACUCUGAAACCAACCGAAGGAACGAGUGCCAAGCCAACCGAAGCCACUAGUGCCAGGCCUACAACUCUGAAACCAACUGAAGGAACGUCUGCUAAGCCCACAACUCUGAAACCAACCGAAGGAACGAGUGCCAAGCCAACCGAAGCCACUAGUGCCAAGCCUACAACUCUGAAACCAACUGAGGGUACAAGUGCCAAGCCUACAACUCUGAAACCAACCGAAGGAACGAGUGCCAAGCCAACCGAAGCCACUAGUGCCAAGCCUACAACUCUGAAACCAACUGAAGGAACGUCUGCUAAGCCCACAACUCUGAAACCAACCGAAGGAACAAGUGCCAAGCCGACAACUCUGAAACCAACCGAAGGAACGAGUGCCAAGCCAACCGAAGCCACUAGUGCCAAGCCUACAACUCUGAAACCAACCGAAGGAACGUCUGCUAAGCCCACAACUCUGAAACCAACCGAAGGAACGAGUGCCAAGCCAACCGAAGCCACUAGUGCCAAGCCUACAACUCUGAAACCAACUGAAGGAACGUCUGCUAAGCCCACAACUCUGAAACCAACCGAAGGAACGAGUGCCAAGCCAACCGAAGCUACGAGUGCCAAGCCUACAACUCUGAAACCAACUGAGGGUACAAGUGCCAAGCCUACAACUCUGAAACCAACUGAAGGAACGUCUGCUAAGCCCACAACUCUGAAACCAACCGAAGGAACGAGUGUCAAGCCAACCGAAGCUACGAGUGCCAAGCCUACAACUCUGAAACCAACUGAGGGUACAAGUGCCAAGCCUACAACUCUGAAACCAACCGAAGGAACGAGUGCCAAGCCAACCGAAGCCACUAGUGCCAGGCCUACAACUCUGAAACCAACUGAAGGAACGUCUGCUAAGCCCACAACUCUGAAACCAACCGAAGGAACGAGUGCCAAGCCAACCGAAGCUACGAGUGCCAAGCCUACAACUCUGAAACCAACUGAGGGUACAAGUGCCAAGCCUACAACUCUGAAACCAACCGAAGGAACGAGUGCCAAGCCAACCGAAGCCACUAGUGCCAGGCCUACAACUCUGAAACCAACUGAAGGAACGUCUGCUAAGCCCACAACUCUCAAACCAACCGAAGGAACAAGUGCCAAGCCGACAACUUUGAAACCAACCGAAGGAACGAGUGCCAAGCCUACAACUCUGAAACCAACUGAAGGAACGUCUGCUAAGCCCACAACUCUGAAACCAACCGAAGGAACGAGUGCCAAGCCAACCGAAGCUACGAGUGCCAAGCCUACAACACUGAAACCAACUGAGGGUACAAGUGCCAAGCCUACAACUCUGAAACCAACCGAAGGAACGAGUGCCAAGCCAACCGAAGCCACUAGUGCCAGGCCUACAACUCUGAAACCAACUGAUGGAACGUCUGCUAAGCCCACAACUCUGAAACCAACCGAAGGAACGAGUGCCAAGCCAACCGAAGCCACUAGUGCCAGGCCUACAACUCUGAAACCAACUGAAGGAACGUCUGCUAAGCCCACAACUCUGAAACCAACCGAAGGAACGAGUGCCAAGCCUACAACUCUGAAACCAACUGAAGGAACGUCUGCUAAGCCCACAACUCUCAAACCAACCGAAGGAACAAGUGCCAAGCCGACAACUUUGAAACCAACCGAAGGAACGAGUGCCAAGCCAACCGAAGCCACUAGUGCCAAGCCUACAACUCUGAAACCAACUGAUGGAACGUCUGCUAAGCCCACAACUCUGAAACCAACCGAAGGAACGAGUGCCAAGCCAACCGAAGCUACGAGUGCCAAGCCUACAACUCUGAAACCAACUGAGGGUACAAGUGCCAAGCCUACAACUCUGAAACCAACUGAAGGAACGUCUUCUAAGCCCACAACUCUGAAACCAACCGAAGGAACGAGUGCCAAGCCAACCGAAGCCACUAGUGCCAAGCCUACAACUCUGAAACCAACUGAAGGAACGUCUGCUAAGCCCACAACUCUGAAACCAACCGAAGGAACGAGUGCCAAGCCAACCGAAGCCACUAGUGCCAAGCCUACAACUCUGAAACCAACUGAGGGUACAAGUGCCAAGCCUACAACUCUGAAACCAACUGAAGGAACGUCUGCUAAGCCCACAACUCUGAAACCAACCGAAGGAACGAGUGCCAAGCCUACAACUCUGAAACCAACUGAAGGAACGUCUGCUAAGCCCACAACUCUCAAACCAACCGAAGGAACAAGUGCCAAGCCGACAACUUUGAAACCAACCGAAGGAACGAGUGCCAAUGCCAAGCCUACAACUCUGAAACCAACUGAGGGUACAAGUGCCAAGCCUACAACUCUGAAACCAACCGAAGGAACGAGUGCCAAGCCAACCGAAGCCACUAGUGCCAGGCCUACAACUCUGAAACCAACUGAAGGAACGUCUGCUAAGCCCACAACUCUGAAACCAACCGAAGGAACGAGUGCCAAGCCAACCGAAGCUACGAGUGCCAAGCCUACAACACUGAAACCAACUGAGGGUACAAGUGCCAAGCCUACAACUCUGAAACCAACCGAAGGAACGAGUGCCAAGCCAACCGAAGCCACUAGUGCCAGGCCUACAACUCUGAAACCAACUGAUGGAACGUCUGCUAAGCCCACAACUCUGAAACCAACCGAAGGAACGAGUGCCAAGCCAACCGAAGCCACUAGUGCCAGGCCUACAACUCUGAAACCAACUGAAGGAACGUCUGCUAAGCCCACAACUCUGAAACCAACCGAAGGAACGAGUGCCAAGCCAACCGAAGCGACGAGUGCCAAGCCUACAACUCUGAAACCAACUGAGGGUACAAGUGCCAAGCCUACAACUCUGAAACCAACCGAAGGAACGAGUGCCAAGCCAACCGAAGCCACUAGUGCCAGGCCUACAACUCUGAAACCAACUGAAGGAACGUCUGCUAAGCCCACAACUCUCAAACCAACCGAAGGAACAAGUGCCAAGCCGACAACUUUGAAACCAACCGAAGGAACGAGUGCCAAGCCAACCGAAGCCACUAGUGCCAAGCCUACAACUCUGAAACCAACUGAUGGAACGUCUGCUAAGCCCACAACUCUGAAACCAACCGAAGGAACGAGUGCCAAGCCAACCGAAGCUACGAGUGCCAAGCCUACAACUCUGAAACCAACUGAGGGUACAAGUGCCAAGCCUACAACUCUGAAACCAACUGAAGGAACGUCUUCUAAGCCCACAACUCUGAAACCAACCGAAGGAACGAGUGCCAAGCCAACCGAAGCCACUAGUGCCAAGCCUACAACUCUGAAACCAACUGAAGGAACGUCUGCUAAGCCCACAACUCUGAAACCAACCGAAGGAACGAGUGCCAAGCCAACCGAAGCCACUAGUGCCAAGCCUACAACUCUGAAACCAACUGAGGGUACAAGUGCCAAGCCUACAACUCUGAAACCAACUGAAGGAACGUCUGCUAAGCCCACAACUCUGAAACCAACCGAAGGAACGAGUGCCAAGCCAACCGAAGCGACGAGUGCCAAGCCUACAACUCUGAAACCAACUGAGGGUACAAGUGCCAAGCCUACAACUCUGAAACCAACCGAAGGAACGAGUGCCAAGCCAACCGAAGCUACGAGUGCCAAGCCUACAACUCUGAAACCAACUGAGGGUACAAGUGCCAAGCCUACAACUCUGAAACCAACUGAAGGAACGUCUGCUAAGCCCACAACUCUGAAACCAACCGAAGGAACGAGUGCCAAGCCAACCGAAGCGACGAGUGCCAAGCCUACAACCCUGAAACCAACUGAGGGUACAAGUGCCAAGCCUACAACUCUGAAACCAACCGAAGGAACGAGUGCCAAGCCAACCGAAGCCACUAGUGCCAGGCCUACAACUCUGAAACCAACUGAAGGAACGUCUGCUAAGCCCACAACUCUCAAACCAACCGAAGGAACAAGUGCCAAGCCGACAACUUUGAAACCAACCGAAGGAACGAGUGCCAAGCCAACCGAAGCCACUAGUGCCAAGCCUACAACUCUGAAACCAACUGAGGGUACAAGUGCCAAGCCUACAACUCUGAAACCAACUGAAGGAACGUCUGCUAAGCCCACAACUCUGAAACCAACCGAAGGAACGAGUGCCAAGCCAACCGAAGCCACUAGUGCCAAGCCUACAACUCUGAAACCAACUGAAGGAACGUCUGCUAAGCCCACAACUCUGAAACCAACCGAAGGAACGAGUGCCAAGCCAACCGAAGCUACGAGUGUCAAGCCUACAACUCUGAAACCAACUGAGGCGACGAGUGCCAAGCCUACAACUCUGAAACCAACUGAGGGUACAAGUGCCAAGCCUACAACUCUGAAACCAACCGAAGGAACGAGUGCCAAGCCAACCGAAGCCACUAGUGCCAGGCCUACAACUCUGAAACCAACUGAAGGAACGUCUGCUAAGCCCACAACUCUGAAACCAACCGAAGGAACGAGUGCCAAGCCAACCGAAGCUACGAGUGCCAAGCCUACAACUCUGAAACCAACUGAGGGUACAAGUGCCAAGCCUACAACUCUGAAACCAACUGAAGGAACGUCUGCUAAGCCCACAACUCUGAAACCAACCGAAGGAACGAGUGCCAAGCCAACCGAAGCCACUAGUGCCAAGCCUACAACUCUGAAACCAACUGAGGGUACAAGUGCCAAGCCUACAACUCUGAAACCAACCGAAGGAACAAGUGCCAAGCCAACCGAAGCGACGAGUGCCAAGCCUACAACUCUGAAACCAACUGAAGGAACGUCUGCUAAGCCCACAACUCUGAAACCAACCGAAGGAACGAGUGCCAAGCCAACCGAAGCCACUAGUGCCAAGCCUACAACUCUGAAACCAACUGAAGGUACGUCUGCUAAGCCCACAACUCUGAAACCAACCGAAGGAACGAGUGUCAAGCCUACAACUCUGAAACCAACUGAGGGUACAAGUGCCAAGCCUACAACUCUGAAACCAACCGAAGGAACGAGUGCCAAGCCAACCGAAGCCACUAGUGCCAGGCCUACAACUCUGAAACCAACUGAAGGAACGUCUGCUAAGCCCACAACUCUGAAACCAACCGAAGGAACGAGUGCCAAGCCAACCGAAGCCACUAGUGCCAAGCCUACAACUCUGAAACCAACUGAAGGUACGUCUGCUAAGCCCACAACUCUGAAACCAACCGAAGGAACGAGUGUCAAGCCUACAACUCUGAAACCAACUGAGGGUACAAGUGCCAAGCCGACAACUUUGAAACCAACCGAAGGAACGAGUGCCAAGCCAACCGAAGCCACUAGUGCCAAGCCUACAACUCUAAAACCAACUGAAGGAACGUCUGCUAAGCCCACAACUCUGAUACCAACCGAAGGAACGAGUGCCAAGCCGACAACUCUGAAACCAACCGAAGGAACGAGUGCCAAGCCAACCGAAGCCACUAGUGCCAAGCCUACAACUCUGAAACCAACUGAGGGUACAAGUGCCAAGCCUACAACUCUGAAACCAACCGAAGGAACGAGUGCCAAGCCAACCGAAGCCACUAGUGCCAAGCCUACAACUCUGAAACCAACUGAAGGGACGUCUGCUAAGCCCACAACUCUGAAACCAACCGAAGGAACGAGUGCCAAGCCAACCGAAGCGACGAGUGCCAAGCCUACAACUCUGAAACCAACUGAAGGAACGUCUGCUAAGCCCACAACUCUGAAACCAACCGAAGGAACGAGUGCUAAGCCAACCGAAGCCACGAGUGCCAAGCCUACAACUCUGAAACCAACUGAGGGUACAAGUGCCAAGCCUACAACUCUGAAACCAACUGAAGGAACGUCUGCUAAGCCCACAACUCUGAAACCAACCGAAGGAACGAGUGCCAAGCCAACCGAAGCCACUAGUGCCAAGCCUACAACUCUGAAACCAACUGAGGGUACAAGUGCCAAGCCUACAACUCUGAAACCAACCGAAGGAACGAGUGCCAAGCCAACCGAAGCCACUAGUGCCAGGCCUACAACUCUGAAACCAACUGAAGGAACGUCUGCUAAGCCCACAACUCUCAAACCAACCGAAGGAACAAGUGCCAAGCCGACAACUUUGAAACCAACCGAAGGAACGAGUGCCAAGCCAACCGAAGCCACUAGUGCCAAGCCUACAACUCUGAAACCAACUGAAGGAACGUCUGCUAAGCCCACAACUCUGAAACCAACCGAAGGAACGAGUGCCAAGCCAACCGAAGCCACUAGUGCCAAGCCUACAACUCUGAAACCAACUGAAGGAACGUCUGCUAAGCCCACAACUCUGAAACCAACCGAAGGAACGAGUGCCAAGCCAACCGAAGCGACGAGUGCCAAGCCUACAACUCUGAAACCAACUGAGGGUACAAGUGCCAAGCCUACAACUCUGAAACCAACCGAAGGAACGAGUGCCAAGCCAACCGAAGCCACUAGUGCCAGGCCUACAACUCUGAAACCAACUGAAGGAACGUCUGCUAAGCCCACAACUCUGAAACCAACCGAAGGAACAAGUGCCAAGCCCACAACUCUGAAACCAACCGAAGGAACGAGUGCCAAGCCAACCGAAGCGACGAGUGCCAAGCCUACAACUCUGAAACCAACUGAGGGUACAAGUGCCAAGCCUACAACUCUGAAACCAACCGAAGGAACGAGUGCCAAGCCAACCGAAGCCACUAGUGCCAGGCCUACAACUCUGAAACCAACUGAAGGAACGUCUGCUAAGCCCACAACUCUCAAACCAACCGAAGGAACAAGUGCCAAGCCGACAACUUUGAAACCAACCGAAGGAACGAGUGCCAAGCCAACCGAAGCCACUAGUGCCAAGCCUACAACUCUGAAACCAACUGAAGGAACGUCUGCUAAGCCCACAACUCUGAAACCAACCGAAGGAACAAGUGCCAAGCCCACAACUCUGAAACCAACCGAAGGAACGAGUGCCAAGCCAACCGAAGCCACUAGUGCCAAGCCUACAACUCUGAAACCAACUGAGGGUACAAGUGCGAAGCCUACGACUCUGAAACCAACUGAGGGUACAAGUGCCAAGCCGACAACUGUGAAACCAACCGAAGGAACGAGUGCCAAGCCGACAACUUUGAAGCCUACUGACGGGACAAAGCCACACCGGACUUCUCAUAGGACGACAACCGAACAGCCGACAUCGGAGAAGACGACAACCGAAUCUCUCCCUCCGUUUAAUAUCUUUGAUGUGAUAACUGGAAAACCAUUAAGAAGCCCGCCCAAUAUUUCGUAAAGCAUCUGCACUACAGUAGUGAUAAGCUUAUUGAAUCCGUAAUGUAAAUUUUAAUUCUAAUAAACGGUCAACAACAUAACAAUUUUAAAGUUAGCUUAGUAACAUAUUAUUAGUAACCGAACUUUAAAACUGUAAUUACAAAUUGUAUUCCAAAGAUUCUACAAUAA